CAUGCACCUCCGCCUCCGUCUCCAUCCUCCCUAAAAAGACUGCAUGCUUGCCUCGAGCUCACCGUCCCCUCCGCCUCCAUCCUCCUCAUCUCUUGUCCCUCCCGAACAACCAAGGCGGCAGACCAUGUGGUCGCUCCGCCGGCCUCGCUUAGCAACGUGUGGUGGAAUUUAACGGCGUCAACAACCACGCCUUGUGCCCCCUCACUUCACCACAGCCAACUCCACAUCCCUCUCCACCCCAUCUUCGCCGACAACACCGCGCGAAAUGGAAGAAGCUCGCCAGCCUCACGGAAGGGAAGGCGGAGAACCUAGCAUCGUCGUCGAUCAUGCUGCAACAGAGGAUGACGCAGUGCGCGCCCUGGCCGACAUGUCACUCAGUGGGCGGCGACCAGAGCAAACGCGAAGCAUCACCGACCCGAGCCCGGUCUUGCUGUCACGAGCCUGGUCGAAAGGCAAGGACACCCGCGACCGACCCGGCAGCAGCGGCGGAAGUAGCACCGCCAGCAGUCGGAGCGGCCACUCUCGCAAUCGCUCGCCCUUCUCUCGCAGCCACUUGCGCACCCGGAGCACCAGCGGUUCGUCGCUCGCUGCUCCUCCCAUGACGCGAGCCCACUCCAUGCCCAAUCCCAACACCCCGCGUCAGUUGGACUCGUUCGCCCCGACACCAAUCUCUGGCAGUCUCUCACCGAGUCCCCUACGCUCCUCGGCUCGAGCCGGGAGUCCCUUCAAAUUCGAGGAUGGCGGCUUCAACACCUCCUCGCGCUCGCCGAGCUGGCUCGACAUGAGCAGCGACAGCGCGUGGACCAACGGCAUCGGCAUUGCAGCAAUACAAGAAGACAGCGAGUUGGACCUCACUCCACGCCCCGUCCUGCAACACCCCCACUCCUCCUCGGCCUUUGCAUCCUUUUCCUUCUCCCGCUCCAGCUCUCAACGCGGCAGCCGACGCCCCGCCUCACCCCUCCAUAGCUUCUCCAACGCGCCUCCAACCACCGACCACCACCAGCCGACCUUUCAACUAUCGCACACCCCGCGUUCCGGCUCCAGCUCCCCCACCCUCAACCCCCAACGCUACAACGAAGCAUACCCACAAUCCCUGCACCACUACGCGAGCACCUCCUCCUUCUCCUCCUUCAGCAUGCCCUCCACCCCGACCUCCAUGCGCAGCCGUUCGCCCUCCAUCUCCUCCUUGGAGACGAUCGAGGACGCGCCGGAGAUGGAAAGCGUGGCCGAGGCGGAGGUGAUGGAGCGCUUGAAACUCGUCAUCGAGAGCGAGAGCGACGGGGAGAAUGAUGCGGGCAAUGGAGGAGUGAGGAGGCGAAGUCUGGAUGUUGGUCGCGGUGGACGGCGGACAGGGUUAGGAUUGGGAUUGAGUGGGGAGAAAAAACGGUGGAGUAUCUGUGGGGGCGAAAGGAGGGGAGAUCUAGACCUGGAGACGAUCUGGGAGGAUUGAUGCGUGGUGACUGGCUUCCGCUGAGGCCGAACGCGUCGAAUGAAGCACACACGUCUUCGACGAGACGUACGAGUCUAUGAGAGCAUUUCUUUUUCGGCGUUCAUGGGAUCGACGCGGCGGGCGAAGGACGAGGGAGGGCCUGAUGAUUUUUCUACGAUACCCAACGCGCGUUGAUGAUACCGAGAGCGGCGGACUCGUGUUUUUAGUGGAAGACCUGAGAUACCUUCGACACAACGAAAUGAGUAUGAUUUUGAA